GGUCAAUCCACUAGUUCUGUCUAGGUUUUUAAACAAUUCCCUAUACUCUCUGCCUUUGUCUAUUUUUUAUUUUUUUUUAAUACCCUCCAUUUGAUUUUAUUACAAGUUAUUAUUGGAUAGGAGAUUUUUCAAAUGAUAGAAAAACCCAAAAAUAAAUAUAUUUUUUCUUUUUUUUUUCCAUGAAAGAAAACAGAGAGAGAUGGAAGAAGAUGAAAAUUCUCUCUUUAUCUCACUCACUCAAAAACUCUCACUUUCUCCUACUCUAAAAGAGAAGCUUGUAACUUUAACCUUGUCAAGAUAGUUUGUCUAGAUCUGUCAAAAAAAACUUGAGCUUUCACUUUCUUAGCUGGAACUAAACAAACUGGUUGAUGCAAAUGGGCUUGGUUUUAAAUUUCAUUUGUUGUUUUAGUAAAUGAAAGCAUGUGCUGCCGAUUAGAGAGAUUGAAGCUUGCAGCGACUCCUACACCACCUACAAUUUAUUUUGACAAAAGCAGACCCUCAAACAUAGACAUGAAUCACUUAACUAUCAAGACUGAAGAUGCUUUUGCUAGCUUGCUUGAGCUUGCUGCUAACAAUGAUGUUGAGGGCUUUAAGAAAUCUAUUGAAUGUGACCCUUCUUGUGCUGAUGAAAUUGGACUAUGGUAUGGCCGGCAAAAGGGCUCUAAGCAGAUGGUUAAUGAUCUUAGGACCCCACUGAUGGUUGCUGCUACAUAUGGUAGCAUUGAUGUUAUAAAGGUGAUUCUUUCUCUAUCUGAUGUUGAUGUCAGUCGCUCUUGUGGUGCUGACAAGAGCACUGCCCUUCACUGUGCUGCAUCAGGUGGGGCUGUGAAUGCUGUUGAUGUUGUGAAAUUGCUUUUAGCAGCUGGUGCUGAUUGUAAUUUGGUGGAUGCCAAUGGUCACCGUCCAAUUGAUGUUAUUAAUGUUCCGCCAAAGCUCCAAGAUGCUAGAUUGAUUCUAGAAGAGUUCCUUGCUGCUGAUGGUUCUCUUGUUGAGCACGAGCACAAUCUUAGGGUUUCCAUAGCUACCAUGAAUUCAAAUUCUCCACCUCUUUCACCUUCCCGGGAAAAUGGGUCUCCACUAUCAGGUUCAGAUUCCCCAAUGAAGUCAAAGCUAUAUGAAGCACCUGUUUCUUUUGUAUCAGAGAGGAAAGAAUAUCCUGUUGAUCCAUCUCUCCCAGAUAUCAAGAAUAGCAUCUAUUCAACUGAUGAAUUCCGAAUGUAUUCAUUCAAGGUAAGGCCUUGUUCCCGGGCCUAUUCCCAUGACUGGACCGAGUGUCCAUUUGUUCACCCAGGGGAAAAUGCUCGAAGAAGGGAUCCUAGGAAGUUUCAUUAUAGUUGUGUCCCGUGCCCUGAUUUUCGAAAAGGGGCUUGUAGACGUGGAGAUAUGUGUGAAUAUGCUCAUGGGGUUUUUGAGUGCUGGCUGCACCCUGCUCAAUACAGAACCCGGCUGUGCAAAGAUGGCACAAAUUGUGCGAGGAGAGUUUGCUUUUUUGCCCACACUGUUGAGGAGCUCCGCCCAUUAUAUGUAUCCACUGGUUCUGCUGUUCCCUCUCCACGCUCAGGUACAUCAGGUGCUGCUGCCAUGGAUUUUGCUUCUGCCAUGAACCUCUUGCCAGGAUCCCCUUCAGCUGCAUCCAUUAUGUCUCCAUCAUCAUUCACUCCACCCAUGUCUCCUUCUGGCAACGGCAUGUCGCAUUCUUCGUUGGCCUGGCCCCAACCAAAUGUCCCAGCCUUGCUUCUCCCUGGAAGCAAUAUGCAGUCUAGUCGCUUGAGAUCUUCUUUUAAUGCGAGAGACAUUCCAGCAGAUUACAGCUUCCUUCCAGAAUUCGAUGUGCAGCAACAGCAGCUCCUAAGUGAGUUAUCCAGUCUCACCCAACCAUCUUUGAGCAAUAACUCGUUGAAUCGCUCUGGUCGAUUGAAAGCCUUAACUCCUUCAAAUCUUGAUGAUUAUUUUUCUGCUGAGAGCUCUUCUCCUCGGCAUGCUGAUCAGGCUUUGGCUUCAGCUGUUUUCUCCCCAACGCACAACUCUGCAUUUCUGAAUCAGUUCCAGCAGCAGCAAAGCAUGUUAUCACCUAUCAAUACAAAUUUCUCUCCUAAGAAUGGCGAUCAUCCUCUAUUGCAGGCUUCAUUUGCAUCAGGCAGGAUGUCUCCCCGGAGUGUGGAAUCUAUUUCGCCAAUGAGCUCUCGAGCGUCUAUGUUAGCUCAACGAGAGAAGCAGCUACAGCAGUUGCGUAGCCUCAGCUCUAGGGAGCUAGGCUCCAAUGCUGCUGCUAUUGUUGGCUCCCCAGUUAACACUUGGUCAAAAUGGGGUUCCUCAAAUGGGAAACCAGACUGGACUGUUAGUACGGAUGAGCUGGGAAAGCUCCGGAGAUCAAAUUCUUUUGAGCUUGGUAAUGGAGACGAGCCUGAUCUAUCAUGGGUUCAAUCACUUGUUAAGGAAUCUCCAACUGAGAUGAAAGAAAAGUUAUCAAUGCCUGUUUCUGGAAGUGUUGCAGCAAGUGCGUCAUCAAGCGAGAGUUCAAAUGUGAACUCCCAAAUUGAACCUAUUGACCUUGACCAUGUAGUAGGGUCAUGGGUUGAGCUAUUGCAGAUUGAUCAGCUUGUGGCUCAGCAAAACUAAAAUAAGUUUUAGUGAGCCCGGAGGCAGCAACAACAGUCAAGAUUUUGGUAAAUAAUUUCAAGUUUUUUUUUUAAUGAUUUUGUUGGUUGCGGCAACUAAUGGUAACAGUAACUAAAAGGAAGGGGAAAGGGAGGAAGAAAGUCACUUGAAAAAGGGAAAAUUCAUUGUCUUGAUUUUAUUAUUACAUCAGAAGUUAGAAAAGGGUGAAGAUAACUCCUGGGUUAUGAAAAAUGAUUAUGCCCAGGUUAGGUGUAUUUUUUAUUCCAAUAUUUUCAAAUAUUUUAGAAUUCUAUUAUUGUCAUUUUUAAACCUUUUUAACAAUGAUGAGCAACAUGUUGCGUUGUAA